CAACCACAACCACAUGAAAAAGAAAAGAAAAAUAAGAAAAAUUGAUAGAAAUAAUCUAUGUGUUGUGUUAUGCUCACAAUUCACAAACUGUUUAAACUUUAAAACAACAAACCGUUCUCUCCGUCCCUCCACUCUCUCAGUACUUUUGAGAUUGUGACUUGCUGCCCUUUGUGUGAUUUCCAGCUACAAUGUGUUUUUACUUAUGAUUUUAGAAGAAUUCCUUGAGCUUUGGAGUUAUGCAAUACAUGUGCUGAUGGUGUUGUGUGCUUAGGGCUUAAGAUGACUGCGGCUGCUGUUGUUGGGCUUAGUGCUGGGAAAAGGAUUUUGAGAUCGUCUUUCUAUUAUUCUGAUUUUGCCGAAAAACUUACUUCUAUCGCUGAACACCGCCAUAUUAUUCCUACAAAAACCUUAAUCGUCGCAAAGAAAAUAGCUAGUCAUAAUCACAGAGGAAUUGAUGCUGCUUCUAUCAUUCCUCCAACUUCUGAACAAUGGAUUCCGAUAUCCUCUCCUUUAGAAGAGAAAACUUUAGAUCCCGAAACACCUCUGGAAGCUCUUCUUUUGCUUCAGAAAUCUAUGCUUGAGAAGCAGUUAGAGCUCUCAUUUGAACGUACAAGCUUCACCGAUCUGCCUAAGGAGAAAUUGCACAUCACAUCAUCAGGAAUUCCAGCUAGGGUUCGAAGGAUAAAGGCCAGGAAGAGAACUCAGGGGAAAAUGUUAUCCACAGAGGAAAGUGAGGGGAAGAAAUCUUCACUCAGUACUGUGAGUCCUGAGCUGCUACAAAAUCGCUUGAUCGGCUAUGUGAGAGGUUUGACAAACAAUGAAUUACUGACUCACGCCCAAGUCGUGAAUUUAUCUCGAAAGAUCAAAGCUGGAAUAUCCUUGGAGGAACAUAAAUCAAGACUGAAGGAAAAACUUGGGUGUGAACCUUCGGAUGUUCAACUUGCAAAUUCUUUAAGGAUGGACCGUUCUGAAUUAACAUCAAAACUAAUUGAGUGUUCGCUGGCCAGAGAGAAGUUGGCAAUGAGCAAUGUACGCUUGGUCAUGUCGAUUGCUCAAAGGUAUCAGAAUAUGGGUGCUGACAUGGCUGACCUUGUUCAGGGAGGACUGAUUGGACUACUCCGGGGAAUUGAGAAGUUUGAUUCCUCCAAAGGGUUUAAGAUUUCAACAUAUGUUUACUGGUGGAUACGACAGGGUGUGUCUAGAGCAUUAGUGGAGAAUUCAAGAACUUUGAGAUUACCUACUCAUCUUCAUGAAAGAUUAAGUUUAAUUCGUAAUGCAAAACAUAAACUUGAAGAGAAGAGGAUAACUCCAUCAAUUGAUCGGAUAGCUGAAUUUUUGAACAUGUCUCAUAAGAAAGUUAAGAAUGCAACAGACGCUGCCAGAUUUGUGUCAUCACUGGACAGGGUUGCCUUCCCCUCUUUGAAUGGUCUACCAGGAGAGGCUUUUCAUAGUUAUAUUGCAGAUGAUUGCAUCGAGAAUAAGCCAUGGCAUGGUGUUGAUGAAUGGGCACUCAAGCAUGAAGUAAGCGAUCUUAUAGACACAACACUCAAAGAGCGCGAGAGAGAGAUAAUACGUCUCUAUUAUGGUCUACAUGAUGAAAGUUUGACUUGGGAAGAAAUUAGCAAAAGGUUUGGUUUGUCAAGAGAAAGAGUCCGGCAGGUCGGACUAGUUGCGUUGGAGAAACUAAAACUUACGGCAAGAAAGCGAAGGAUGGAUGCCUUGCUCGUGAAACACUAGUAUGCCAUAUAAUUCAUAUACUGCAUAGUCUACAGUAGAGCUUAUUGACUGUAUAGUGUAUAUAUAUAUAUACUUCAUAACAAACAAAAAAAAAAAUUGAGUAUAAGUUG